AUGUAUAAAUAUUUAGAACUCAUAAACGCAGGCACUAGUUAUGCGAAACAUAUGAAUCGUUUAAGUAAUCGAAUAUUCGGUGAAAUAACAAGAACAAUUAAUCCUAAAUCUAGGAAGGUUGUUAAAUUAUUCAGUGAAAAGCCAAUAAACAAACGACCAGAAAUUGUUAAUUAUUAUCCACGAUUGAAAGAAACCGAUGAAUUGAUGAAUCACCUUAGAAAUUAUGGAUUAUUCAGAGAUGAACAUCAAGAUUUUAAAGAAGAAUACGAUCGUUUAAGAGAACUUCGUGGCAAAACUAAAUGGGUUCCACCAAAGUUUAGAAAAUAAAUUAUCUUGUUUAUUUGAAUUUAAUGUAUUUCAUCAAACCAUACAUUUUGUAUAAAAUAUAAUUUAUAUAACAUGGGUUUGAAUACCAAAUA